CGCGCACCUGUGUGUGUGUGUUUGUGUGUGUGCGUCAACUAUCACUUACAGCGAUUGGGAGUUAACAUCAACAACUCCAUUAUCUUUACCUUUUGCUACACAGGAACACUUACAUCAACUUCUCAUCCAAAGCUUGCUGCGUUGUGCCAAUAAUGUGCGUAGCCUUUAACGACUGGCGUCGCUUCCCUUUUUCCAGGAUGGCGACGGCAUGACCCGCCCCACUCUGCCUCUGAUUGGCCCAAACCACGACAGCAAACGAGUACUAGUCAAUCAGAGGCAGAGUAGGGAAUGUCAUGCCUUCUCCAUCGUAGGAAAAAAAACCCUCCCUGUGCAUUUUGUUUUGCUACUUCCGUGAACUCCCAAUGCGGAAGACCAACAGAAAGCUCUGAGUUCCUGACAAAGUUGGCCGAACCUGAAGCAGGUGUUUAAGGAUUUUGUGGGACCUUAAGUGUUCAACUUUUCUGACUUGGCUCAAAAAACCAUAACGAUGUGGCCAAAUCAAGGUCCUCCACCUCCAGUUGGUCCACUAAACCCUGCCUACCCUCCAGGCUACAACCCUUCAGCUCCAGCAGGAGGCUUCCCUCAACCUCCUCCACCAUACGCAGGGUACCCAGCUGGCCAAUACCCAGCUGGUAUGAACCCUGCCAUGGUACCAAAUGCACCUCCGGGGGCGAUGCCUUAUGGAGCUCCAGGAGCUCAUCCUUAUCCCAUGGCUCCAGGUGGAUAUCCAGUAGUCCCUCCUGCAGGUGUUCACCCAGGUCCAUACCCACACUCUCCAAAAGGGGGUCACCAUAAAGGCCACCACAAAGGUCAUCAUCAUGGAGGGGUAGAUCCCAUAACAGGAAUGUUAGCUGGAGGAGUGCAUGGGCAUAAAGCCGAGAAAAAAAUGAAGAAGAAGAUGAAGAAAGCACAUAAGCAUGGGCAUCACAAACAUGGCAAGUCCUCCAGCAGCAGCAGCAGUAGCAGCAGUAGCAGUGACUGAGUCUGAGGCAACCAUUGCAAGAAGACAAGGCAGCAGAAAUGUUGCUUUAUAUUAAAGGGCAACCUGACUCUUGCAUUUGGCUGUACUGGCAUUCCACCACGUCUUAAAUUUUCUUUUCUUUUUUUGUUUGUUUGUUGUGUUUAUGUCAAACGUUCCAAAGUUAUGGUUUCUGUACAAUACUAAAACAAUAGUAAAACACUAGUGUAUUUUUUUUUUUUGACUAACCCGAUAGAGGUGGAGAACAAUACAUAUAUCAGUGUAUUUAUUUGUGGCCUAUUGAUUAUUUUUCUAAUUUAAUGUUCACUACUGCAUUGCUUUGUAUCUGCACUGACUGUAAUUAUAUAUAAAGGUCUUCUAUUAAUGCUACUCUAUAAAUAAAUAUAAAUGAAAAAAAGAA